CUUCCCAAUAAGCCAACCGCCCAACUACAGACUCACUAUUCCCCAUACAAACCCCAAUCUCCAACUCCCUUUCUCAUACUUCCAAUCCACAACAAUGGCGGAAAACCCAGAAAAAAUGGUGUAUCUUCACGGAGAUCUACACCUCAAAAUCUAUGAAGCACGACAUUUACCAAACAUGGAUCUCACUUCUCAACGUCUUCGUCUCUGUUUCACCGCAUGCAAUACUUGUUCUAUACGUCCUAAAUCCUCCUCCGAUCAUCCUUCCACCGAAAAACACCAUAAACAUCGCCAUCGAAUCAUCACUAGCGAUCCAUACGUCACCGUUUUAGUCCCACAAGCUACUAUUGCCCGAACUCGUGUCAUUCGAAAUUCACAAAACCCUCGUUGGAACGAACAGUUUCAUAUCCCAUUAGCACACCCGGUAAUCAAUGUUGAAUUUAAUGUUAAAGAUGAUGAUGUUUUCGGUGCUCAGAUUAUCGGUAGUUUUACUCUCCCUGCUUCUAGAAUUCUCUCUGGUGAACUGAUUUCUGGGUGGUUUCCUAUCCUCUCUUCUUCUGGUAAACCCCCUAAACCUAAUUCUGCGCUUCGAAUUGAGAUUAAAUUUACCCCAUGUGAACAAAACCCAGAUUUUAAAAUUACUGAAAAUGGGGUGAAAUCUACUUAUUUUCCUCUCAGAAAAGGGGGGAUUGUGAAACUUUAUCAAGAUGCUCAUGGAAGAGAUGAUUUGUUACCGGAAAUUAAGUUGGAAAAUGGGGAAGUUUAUAAGCAAGGAAAAUGUUGGGAAGAUAUAUGUUGCGCAAUAUCUGAAGCUCAUCAUUUGAUUUAUAUUGUUGGGUGGUCGGUUUUUCAUAAAGUAAAACUUGUAAGAGAACCCACUAAACCAUUGCCAAGAGGAGGAGAUUUAACUCUUGGGGAAUUGUUGAAGUAUAAAUCUGAAGAAGGUGUUAGAGUUUUAUUGCUUGUUUGGGAUGAUAAAACUUCUCAUAGCAAGUAUUUCCUCAACACAGAAGGGGUUAUGCAAACACACGAUGAGGAAACACGGAAGUUUUUCAAACAUUCUUCAGUUACAUGUGUCUUAUCACCUCGUUACGGCAGCAGUAAACUUAGCUACUUCAAGCAACAGGUUAUUGGGAACUUGUUUACACAUCAUCAGAAAUGUGUUCUUGUUGAUACUCAGGCAUAUGGUAAUAACAGAAAGAUUACUGCCUUCCUAGGAGGUAUAGAUCUGUGUGAUGGACGCUAUGACACACCCGAGCAUAGACUCUUCCAUGACCUCGACACUGCAUUCAAGGAUGAUUUUCACAACCCCACAUUUCCUACUGGGACAAAAGCUCCCAGGCAGCCGUGGCAUGACUUGCAUUGCAGAAUAGAUGGUCCUGCUGCAUAUGAUGUUCUUAUAAAUUUUGAGCAGAGAUGGAAAAAAGCAACAAAAUGGAAAGAGUUUGGAUUGCGGAAGAAAAUGUCUCAUUGGCAUGAUGAUGCUUUGAUAAAGAUAGAUCGGAUCUCUUGGAUUCUUAGUCCUCAGCAUGCAGCUGCAGAUGAUGAUGUCACUGUAGUUCCAAAAGAGGAUCCUGCACUAUGGGUUUCAAAGGAAGGGCAUGCAGAUAAUUGGCACAUUCAGGUAAUUAGAUCCAUUGACUCAGGAUCACUGAGGGGAUUCCCUAAAUCUGUCCAGCUUGCUAAGGCUCAGAUGCUUUGCACAAAAUCAUUUCAAUGCUAUAAAAUUACGUCAUGUGAUUUGAUAGCUCAGAAGAAUGCCACCCUCUUUUUUAACAUCUUGCUUCGCAGUACACUGGCUAGCAAACGUGUUUUGAAGGAGUUCAAGCUUAACCGAGAAGCUUUUGACUGGGUUAUAGGUGAAAUAGAGUCCAGGUUUUUGCAGUCCUUGGUGGCUCCUGGGGAAAUGAUAGGCUGUGUCGCUGCCCAGUCGAUUGGUGAGCCUGCCACUCAGAUGACGCUCAACACUUUCCACUAUGCUGGUGUUAGUGCUAAGAAUGUCACUCUUGGUGUUCCAAGGUCGAGGGAGAUCAUCAAUGUGGCCAAAAAAAUCAAAACUCCCUCACUAUCAGUCUUUUUACAUCCUGAAAUUAGCAAGACCAAGGAGAGAGCUAAAAAUGUUCAAUGUAUUCUAGAAUAUACAUGUCUGCGAAGUGUGACUCAUGCGACUGAAGUGUGGUAUGAUCCAGACCCUAUGAGCACUAUCAUCGAGGAAGAUGUGGAUUUUGUUAGGUCUUACUAUGAAAUGCCAGAUGAAGAGGUAUCGCCUGAUAAAAUUUCUCCCUGGCUGCUUCGUAUAGAAUUGAACCGUGAAAUGAUGGUGGACAAAAAGUUGAGCAUGGCUGAUAUUGCAGAGAAAAUCAACCUGGAAUUCAGUGAUGACAUGACUUGUAUCUUUACUGAUGAUAAUGCUGAGAAGUUGAUCCUUCGUAUUCGUAUUGUGAAUGAUGAAGCUCAGAAGGGGGAUUUGGAGGCUGAUUCUGCCGAGGAUGAUGUAUUCCUCAAAAAGGUUGCUAGUAGCAUGCUGACUGAGAUGGCACUUAAAGGAAUUCCAGAUAUUAACAAGGUUUUCAUUAAGCAGAGUAAAGUGAAUAAGUUUGAUGAGGAAAAAGGUUUCAAGGCUGAAAAUGAGUGGAUGUUAGAUACUGAAGGUGUCAACCUUCUUGCUGUUAUGUGUCAUGAGGAAGUUGAUGCAACAAGGACAACAAGUAAUCAUUUGAUUGAAGUUAUAGAAGUUCUUGGAAUUGAGGCUGUUCGGAAGGCCUUGCUAGAUGAGUUGCGUGUUGUCAUUUCCUUUGAUGGAUCGUAUGUCAACUAUCGUCAUUUGGCUAUUUUGUGUGAUACAAUGACAUAUCGUGGGCAUCUAAUGGCUAUUACUCGUCAUGGUAUCAACCGAAAUGAUACUGGGCCGUUGAUGAGGUGCUCAUUUGAAGAAACAGUGGAUAUUCUUCUUGAUGCUGCUGUAUAUGCGGAAUCGGAUUAUUUGAGGGGUGUGACAGAAAAUAUUAUGUUAGGACAGCUAGCGCCAAUUGGGACUGGUGGCUGUUCAUUAUAUCUUAAUGAGGAUAUGUUGCGACAUGCUAUUGAACUCCAGCUACCAAGUUAUGUGGAAAAUUUGGAAUUUGGUAUGACACCAGCUCGAUCACCGAUAUCUGGAACACCUUACCAUGAUAGCAUCAUGUCUCCAAGUUACUUGUUGAGCCCAAAUCUUCGUCAUUCGCCUAUCAGCAGUGAUGCUGCCUUUUCUCCAUUUGUCAGUGGCAUGGGGUUUUCUCCUGCAGCAUCCCCGUAUCCUUCGCCAGGAGGAUCUGGAUAUAGCCCUACUUCCCCAGGAUACAGCCCUACUUCACCAGGCUAUAGCCCUACUUCACCUGGGUAUAGCCCAACUUCCCCAACUUACAGCCCCGGGUCUCCUGGCUACAGUCCAACAAGUCCAGCAUAUUCACCUACGAGCCCAUCUUACUCUCCCACCUCGCCCAGCUACAGUCCUACCUCACCGAGCUACAGCCCCACAUCACCGAGCUAUAGCCCCACUUCUCCAAGUUACAGCCCCACUUCUCCAGCAUACAGCCCCACAUCACCAGCGUACAGCCCCACAUCACCAGCGUACAGCCCCACAUCACCAUCAUACAGCCCUACAUCACCAUCUUACAGCCCUACAUCACCAUCCUACAGCCCUACAUCUCCAUCCUACAGCCCCACAUCCCCAUCCUACAGCCCCACAUCACCUUCAUACAGUCCAACAUCACCUGCAUACAGUCCUACUUCCCCAGGAUAUAGUCCCACCUCUCCUAGUUAUAGUCCUACUUCACCAAGUUACAGUCCUACUUCUCCAAGUUAUAACCCAUCAGCCAAGUAUAGUCCCUCACUUGCAUAUUCUCCCAGCAGUCCGAGAAUUUCACCAUCCAGUCCCUACAGUCCUACAUCUCCAAAUUACAGUCCAACGUCGCCAUCUUACUCUCCUACAUCGCCUUCUUAUUCGCCUUCAAGCCCAAGUUAUAGUCCAAGCAGUCCAUAUAGUUCUGGUGCAAGUCCAGAUUAUAGCCCCAGCUCUCCACAAUACAGUCCUAGUGCAGGAUACUCUCCAAGUGCUCCGGGUUACUCUCCUUCGUCCACCAGUCAGUACACUCCACAAAUGAGCGACAAGGAUGGUAGAAGCAACCGUUAAGAGCUACCCAAAGGGAUAGUAGAAAUCACUUUGAAGUUUGAGCUAGCUUGAGGAAUAUUGUAGCCUUCUGUUCUUGCUAUAUGUAAUCGAAAACAUACUUAGCUUGUUUUAUAACUUUUAUUGUUUGAAAAUAACACGUUUGUACUUGAAUAUAUAUGUUUUAUAAUUGCAAUUUCAUAACAGCAUAUAAACAAAUAUAGAGGUCUUUGACGAGAAGUCUGAUUAAUGUGAUUGAUUCUGAUA